UACUGAAAGUGGGUACUAUACCAAAACAAGCAGGUACAUAGAACUUUUAAAUACAAAUGCUCCUCUUCGUUAGAAUUUUCGAGGAAUAAUAAAGGAACUGUUCGAUCAUUCCCCGCAUCCACUCCUCAUAAUCUCGCUUGAAUAUCACGAAGCUAGACGGCAUAUUAGCACCAGCAACAAUCAACAACAUGAGUCUCCGCAAUCUCCUGAUCAUGAGCCUUGCUGCUCUCGCAAUUUCAGCACCGUUGACUACUUCCAACAGUAUGUUUUUAAGAUUGGACUUCAUAUAUAGAGAAACCGACUAAUCUGAGGUAGAUUUUGAAGCCGACCCGAUGCUCGCUGUUGGCAGGGACGCCUCUAGCUAUGCCACCAAGCGUACCAACUUUGAAGCCGACCCCAUGCUCGCUGUUGGCAGGGAUGCCUCUAGCUAUGCCACCAAGCGUACCAACUUCGAGGCUGAUGCAAUGCUUGCGGUAAAUCAGGAUGCCUCCAGCUAUGCCACCUAGUCGUUGGUCUUGUCAGCCAAGCACCCUAGAAUUUUGAACUUCAUCUUGGUGCGAUCUAGGCCUGGGUUUUGAUGGGGUUGAAAAUAACCAUUCACGGUUUGAACUUGGUAUUGUUCGCAAACACAUUCUGUUUGAGACGGUUAAAUUUGUAUGAACUUCAUUUGUCACUCAUUUCAGCGCUGUAUACGAUGGAAGGGCCGCCCAGUGCUCUCCAAUAGGCAUCAUUAUAUAUGACGACGUCGUUUUAUAGCUUUAGCAAAUUAAAUUAAAUUCAUGGAUUCAUAGCAUUCUUCACCCAAAGUAUGCCUCU